AUGGAUAGAGAAAGAAGAAAAGUAGAAAAUGAAAAUAGACAGUUUUGUCCUGAAUGGAUGGACUUAUAUUGUUUUAUUUUACCAGAUAGAGUAGGUGCCUUACCUGUUUGUUUGAUUACAAAUCAAACAGUGACUGUUAUGAAAGUGUUUAAUAUCAAACGUCAUUAUGAGACACACAAGUCAUUUGCCGAAAAAUUCCUAUUGGGUACUGGCCUUCGUAAAACAAAAAUUGAAAAUCUAAAAAUGAAAUACAAAUCGGCAACUCAAAUUUUGACUGAACAACAGAAAUGUGCACAGGCAUCUUUACAAAUUUCGUGGAUACUCGGUAAAAAUAUGAAGCCAUUUACAGAUGCUGAUAUUGUUAAAGAAUGUAUGCUUCAGUCUGUAAAUAUACUGUUUGGAAAUAAAAAGGAAAUUAUCGAAACUUUUCGUCAUAUCCCAAUAUCAGCAUCUACUAACACGAGAAAUACUGAAGUACUGGCCAAAAAUAAUCACAAUCAGUUGAAACAAGAUCUAUCUACUGCUGAUUUUUAUUUUAUAGCCUUGGAUAAAUCUUGUGAUAUCACAGAUACUCUCAGCUAA